AUGCCUCUCUCGCAACUCCAUUUACCCUCCUUCACUGUUGUCCUGACCUCGGACCAUAGCUCCACGAUCCUCAGAGAUUAUCAACGAGCGCAAAGUCGCGAAAUUCAAAUCCCUAUUUUUGGGCCACAAGACGACGGUCUAUUGGAUACCAUGGACAUGCGAACGCCGACAGGUUUUGCUGUCUAUAGAUGCGAGUACGCACGCGACCAAGAUACAGCCACCCUCUUUGAAGAUGAUAUCCAGACGGUGGAUGCGAAAGGGUCCUAUUGGCGUCGUUUGAAGAUGUUCUGCAAGGGUUUGGGACGCAAGUAGAUGCAUUUCCGAGUCCAAGUGGAUUGCUUUCUGGCCAUCGGACGUGGCCAUGGACGAGCGCCUAUUUGUCUUCCCACUUUUCUAUCUUGUUGUUGCGCCUUGCUAUCUUGUCAUUGCUGUCUUCGUUGUCAUCGAGAAAAAACUGACCCUCACGUUCAUUCAAAUCAACUAUCUUUAUCAUCUGUUCAUAGUUUAGCACCGUUCUCCUGCAAUCAUUGACUUAUGCC